GAGACAUAUUUUCCCCAGUCACCGCUUUAGCACUCAUCAGACGGUGUUCUUAUGAAGAAAUUCAUGGCAGGAUUGCGACUUGCAUUUAAUUUUGGUUUGUGGAACCCUUUACAAUCAGAAUGGACCUUUGCUGCUCAGUGUAUCCAACCUGAAGAAAAAGAACGUAUUUCUCAGUUCAUGUUCCAAAAAGAUGCCAAAGCUGCAAUGGCUGGUCGUUUGUUAAUCCGUAAAUCUCUGAGUAGUUUACUGCAAGUCCCCUACUCCUCAUUGGUACUCAGCCGGACUGACAAAGGAAAGCCGUAUCUAUCAUCUGUAGGCAAUGCCUUCAGCAAAACUUCACCCCAUUUCAAUAUUGCCCACCAUGGCAAUUUCACUGUCUUAGCUACCCACCCAAAUGUUGACAUUGGGGUAGACAUCAUGAAAGUAGAACAACCAAUGGGAAGGACUGUCAAGAAAUUCUUCCAUGAUAUGAGACGACAGUUCACUGAGCUUGAGUGGGGAGUGAUCCAGUCAACAGGAAGUGAAUUCAACCAGCUCCUCAUGUUUUACAGACAUUGGUGUUUGAAAGAAAGUGUGGUUAAAUGUCUUGGAGCUGGAAUUGGUUUCGGCCUGGACAGGUUAGAAUUUCAUGUAUCCAGUCCUCUACCGACCAAUGGCAACACUGUUACUGACACAGUUCUCUUGUUGGAUGGUAAAAUCAACAAAGAGUGGACAUUUGAAGAGACUCUACUGGAAGGUGACCACUGCAUCGCCAUAGCUUACCAAUAUCUUACACCACAGAACCAUCUUACAGCACUAGAAACCAAAAUAAACAAUAACGAAAAGGAAUCACAACAAAGUCUCGUUGAAGCUUCAACUAUUAAACCAUUUAGAAUCCUUUCCUUUCAAGAACUGAUAGCCAAUGCCAAGCCCCAGACACCAGCUGAUCUCGAAUACUGGCAGAACUUUGAUUCCAAACUAGAAAGACCCAAAAAACAACAGGAAUCAGUCACAUAACCUUUCAAUGUGCAAUUGCUCAGUGUGUAUAUAUAGAUAUAUAUUUGUGUGUGUGUAUGUGUGCGUGUAUAUAUAUAUAUAUAUAUAUAUAUAUAUAAAGUGUAGUAUAUUGCCACUUAAGUGUGGCUGACCCCUAGGGGUGGAUGUUACUGUUGCUUUUAGCCCCAGGAGGACAUCUCCUCCAGCUGGCUUAUCGACACACGACUGUGUCCUGUUUGCCAAGGGAGUUAUCCCUCUCACCACGACCAGCAGCACGAACGUAUCCGGAUUUCAGGGUUAUUUCCCUUCUUCGGCGUUCGACAGCUGAUGACCUUGGUGAGAGAGAAAAACCUGGCAAAAUCUUAUAUCUUCUUUUCCAGUGGCAUUCUUCACUGAUAUUGAAAAGGUGAAAACAAGCAAUGUUAAUUCUCUAAAUGAAGUAUUAACAGUA